CAGCCUGAAACAAUAUUAUAUAUCCUUUCCAGCCCUGAUGUGACACUGACCGCAGGCUGAUAGGUUUCUGGGCAUUUUAGUUUUGAUUAUAAGGCUGUUAAUCAAGGGCACUGGGAUUUGGGGGUAGGGAGAGAUUUGGCUACAUUACUUAUAUCUGUAGUCAUGAACAGCAAAGAGGAGGUGGGGCUUGUAUGUAAUGCAGCAUUUGGGGAGGAAUUGGUUAUGUAACCAGGGCAACAGACUUAGCAAGAGAGGAGGCAGAGGCUAGAGAUGGGAGCAGUGAGCUGUCGGCAGAGGCAACAUGCCCGGAUGACUGCUUCUCAUAAGGAGCCCCUGGAGCCAGCCCCACUGCUAGUUGAGAAGCAUCUGUCUGAGUGGCCAGUGCCUCAGUUCAUCAACCUUUUCCUGCCGGAGUUUCCAGUUAGGGCCCUUAGAGGGCAGUCACAACUCAAGGUUUUAGGCCUUGUAGCUAAAGGUUCCUUUGGAACUGUCCUUAAGGUGCUUGAUUGUGGCCAGAACAAAGUAUUUGCAGUGAAGGUAGUACCCAAGGUAAAGGUCCUGCAGAGGGACAUCCUGAAGCAGUGCAAAGAGGAGGUCAGCAUCCAGCGACAGAUGAACCAUCCUUUUGUACACAGUCUGGGGGACAGCUGGCAGGGAAGACGGCACCUCUUCAUUAUGUGCAGCUACUGCAACACAGAUCUGUACUCCUUGUGGUCUGCUGUUGGCUGUUUUGCUGAAGCUUCCAUUCGUCUUUUUGCUGCUGAGCUGGUCCUGGUCCUGUGCUAUCUUCAUGACUUGGGCAUCAUCCACCGAGAUGUGAAGAUGGAAAAUAUCCUUUUGGAUGAACGAGGUAAGUUUGUAUCUUUUCCUGGUCCCACAAUGAGAGUUACCUUGACUUGGGAAUCCGUUAUGGCUGACAAGGAGCAGGCGAGUGGUGCUGUUGCCUUACUUUUCACAGGCCAUCUGAAACUGACAGACUUUGGUUUGUCCCGCCACUUGCCCCAAGGAGCCCAAGCUUAUACUAUCUGUGGCACUCUGCAGUACAUGGCCCCAGAGGUCUUGAGUGGAGGGCCUUACAACCAUGCUGCUGAUUGGUGGUCCCUGGGUGUCUUGCUUUUAUCUCUGGCAAUUGGGAAGUACCCAGUAGCUGCAGAGAGAGAUCAUGUGGCCAUGUUGGCAAGUGUGACUCACUGUGACUCUGAGAUCCCAGCGUCUCUUAACCAAGGGCUUUCGCUCCUGCUCCAUGAGCUCUUAAGCCAGAAUCCCCUCCACCGGCUACGUUAUUUGCAUCACUUCCAGCUCCACCCGUUCUUUCGAGGUGUCGCCUUUGACCCGGAGCUCCUGCAGAAGCAGCCAGUGAACUUCGUCAUGGAGACGCAAGCAGCCCAGCUCAGUCCACCAGAUUCUAUGCUCUUCAAGGACUUUGACUGUGACCUGGAGUCCUACCUGGUCCAUCCAAGUCCUGCUUAAGCCCUUUUACAGUAAAUCUCCUCCACUGCCAACUCAGUAUGACCACGUUGAAAAUGGAUGAUCCAGUUUUGUUUUUUUACUUUGUAGCUUCGUACUGUAUUCCAUUCUGUUCUAGGCAAUGGUUCAGAAUUCAAAUUUUAGGCCUCCUGCUGCUGGCAACCACAAUUCACCCUUUGCCCUGUCCCAUCAUAUAGCACACCUCUCAGUUCAGUGUCUUAGACUGAAGACCUUUCCUGCUUUUCUCUAGUACCCAUGUCUGAAGCUUUCAGCCAGUGGCUUCUCCACAUUUCACUCUGCCAUGCUCUUUUUCUUGAGCAAUACAGUUAACUUCAUAGCUUCCCAAGGUGCUACUUAUGAAUUUAAUACAGACUUAGCAAAAACUUUGUUUUUGAAGGUCUUAAAAACUGGUAUUUCGGGAGUCAGGCAGUAGUGCAGCGGGUUAAACACACGUGGUGCAAAGCGCAGGACCGGCUUAAGGAUCCAGGUUCGAGCCCCGGCUUCCCACCUGCAGAGGAGUCACCUUCACAGGUGGUGAAGCAGGUCUCCAGGUGUCUCUCUGUCUCUUUUCCUCUGUACCUCCCCCUUUUCUCUCUGUCUUAUCCAAUAACAAAUAAAUAAAUAAAGAUUAAAAAAAACACAAAAAGACCUGGUAUUUCAAACCUAGAUAUAUAGCUAAAAAACAUAUUUUGGGGGGCUGGGCAGUGGUGCACCUGGUUGACUACACGUUACAGUGCACAAGGACCUAGGUUUGAGCCUGUGUCCCCACCUACAGGGGGAAAGCUUCACAAGUGGUGAAACAGAGCUGCAGGUGUCUCUCUGUCUCUCAGUCUCUCACUCUCUAUAUUCCCCUUCCCUCUCAAUUUCUGGCUGCCUUUGUCCAAUAAAUAAAUAAAGAUAAUAAUAGAAAAUUUAAAAAGAAAACAUACUUGGGGACUCAAACCAGUCUGUAUUAAAUAUAGCUUUUGCAAAUUAAGAAGUAGAGUACAGCAUCUAGGUCCCAGAUUUAAUUCGCAGCUUCAUCAUAGGCCAGAGCUGAGCAGUACUUUGGUUUAAAGAAAAAGGAGGUGGAGGGGGUGAGCCCACCCAAUAGACCAUGUAUAUGCUGUCGUAUGCUUUACAUUGGUUUGUUCUAGCCCUCCCCCGCCAAGAGAAUUGGAUCAGUCCAGUUAAUUUCGCGGGCCCGCUUGGCCCCACCCCAAGGGACCCCGGGAGAGGGUUCCUGAGUACAAGAGUUCCAGAGUUCCAGAGUUGGUGAGUUCCUGAGUUCGAGAGGAAGAGAGAGAGGGCCAGAGGGUUCCAGAGUUGGAGAGUUCCCCAGUUACAGAGUAAGAGGGAGUGCUUGUGCCGCCACAAAGAGACAGCAGAGUUCUGUUUGGUGAUUAGUUUGUCUUAGUUUGUGAAUCUUUGUUCCUGAAUAAAGAAAUACAGCUGCCCUGCCCAGCCGUUGUCUCCGCGUCUCUGUUACCCGCCGUGAAGCUAGAGCCGCCCGGCAAGAGCCUCCGAAAUUUUAACAACAAAUGGCGCCCACGUGGACCUGACCUGCGCAUCUCUCAGAUAAGUAAAGACAAUUUGGCUAACUAUGCACUAUGGCCUUCUCUUCUGCUUGUGAAGAGAUCUCCAAAGGCCUCUGCUCUUUCUUCACAAGACUGUUUUGCUGUUUCUGGAACAUUUAUCUCUGGACCACUCUGUGGUUUCCACUCGCUCGGGCGAACUCAGAACAGCCAGCGGGAAGAGCCAGCGGGUGGGAGGCAAGGCGCGGAGCUGCCGUUUCCACCUGGUUAAACAGCCAGCCAGCCGGCUGCGCCCAGACAAACCCGCAGCCCCGCAGUCCCGCAGCCCGCAGGAGGCCGAAGCCAGCACACAAGAGCCCCUGGAGCCCGAGGCCAACACGCAAGAGCCCGAGGCCAGCCCACAGGAGCCAGCUCUCCACCGCGUGGCGCAGGGCGCUGGACUCGUGAUCCCUCCACACUGCUCAGCCACUGCGAACAGGGCAGCAGACAUGGCAGGGCCAUGGGGCAGGGCCGCGGCGGCCUAUCAUGGCCGCCAACCCUGGGCACCUAGGCCCACGCCUUCUACAAAGAUGGCCUGCCUGCCCUCUUGCUAUAAAUUCUGGAACCAUCCCGGGCCUCCCGGACCCCUGGGCUCCCUGCCGAAACUGGGCACACGAGAUCUCCAGCCACCGGUCCGGUCUGAAGGCAGACAAGCUGGAGUACGCAGAGAUUUGUGCAGAGAUCACAACCUGCAAUUCCUAGAAGUGGAGCUGCACGGGAAGCCACCUCCGGAUGGUGAACCCCCCCCCCCAACAACUAAGACAGUACAGAUUUAAAUUCAUAUUUAAAAUGACAUGUCUUUGUAACAAAGGUUUCUCUCCUUGUGUAUUAAUGACCAUGUUUAUGUGUAUGUUUAAAGUUUGGUAAACAGUAGCUUUAAGGCUAAAUUCUUACUAGUCAAAGUUAAAUGAAAAAGGUUUUCAAUGUAAUUCUCAUAAAGAUAAAAUUAACUUACAUUUAAAGUCUAAGGUAAAAAUUAGUUAACAAUCAAUAUAUUUUAACUAAGUUAGUCUAAACAAAAGGUUAAAUAGACCUGUUGAUAUGUAAAACUCUCCAUUACCUUCUCUAUUAGAAAUGGUAGAUCGCACAAUGGCUAUGCUAAUUAUUCUCAUGCCUGAGGUUUCCUCUCCGGCCCACACCUAGGGUGUGUCUCCAUCUUGAAUGGGUGUAACAAAAGGUUAAAAGACGUUGUUGAUAUGUAAAAGUCUCAAAUUCCUUUUCUGUUAGAAACGUUGGAUCCUGCAGUAGAUAUGCUAAUAACAAGUUUUGUUUCAUAGUAAGUAAGUUGCAGCCAGCUGCCUGUGGGACUCUAGGCCGUUCCCCGCCCCCAUGCAAAUGCCCUUCAAAGAAAGUACGCCCCCCAGAGGCAAGAAAUGUUUUUUUUUAAGCUGAUAAAGUUUAGUUUGUGCCAGUUUCUUUUAAAAAAAAAAAAAAUGCCUGUACGAUAUAGGUUUCUGUUCACCCCACACCCUUGAUACUGUAGCCAUUUAGUUAAAAGAAAAGGGGGAAUUGUCGUAUGCUUUCCAUUGGUUUGUUCUAGCCCUCCCCCGCCAAGAGAAUUGGAUCAGUCCAGUUAAUUUCGCGGGCCUGCUUGGCUCCGCCCCAAGGGACCCCGGGAGAGGGUUCCUGAGUACAAGAGUUCCAGAGUUCCAGAGUUGGAGAGUUCCUGAGUUCGAGAGUAAAAGAAAGAGUGCUUGCGCCGCCGCAAAGAGACAGCAAAGUUCUGUUUGGUGAUUAGUUUGUCUUAGUUGUUCCUGAAUAAAGAAAUACAGCUUCCCUGCCCAGCCGUUGUCUCCGCGUCUCUGUUACCCGCCGUGAAGCAAGCCCGGCAAGAGCCUCCGGAAUUUUAACAACAAAAUGCCUUGUCAGAUGUGAGACCCCUAGUUUGAGUAUUGGCACCACAUGGAAUACCAUGGCUCCUGGGAAAGUUUUACAGAUGAUAUGUGAUGCUGUGGUGUUUUUACCCUCUCUAGAUAUCUCCCUUUAAUUGAAAUAAAAAGAAUAAAAAAGUACAUCCA